AAUCGGAUAAAAAGGGCAUGGGCACCAUUUUAAAAGCAAAAGUGAGUGCAAAAGAGAUGAAAAUUAUAAAAACAAAACAAAUAGUCCAACCAAAUUUAUUGCAAAAUUCAUAUUCAAAGGUCUUCGGAAAUACAGGAAAUGAAACUUCGCUUGUUCAUCAAAGGGAAGUUAAACAAAAAUCACUGACAUCACCGACAUCAGCACAAAAACGUCUACUGACGGGAAUUCAGACAACAAGUUCUCCUUUUCUGGACGUGGUGGCUUUUUCGUCCUAUAUUUCUACGUAUGAAACCCACCUUACAGAAGACCACACGAUAAAGUUCGAUAAAAUCGUUACCAACAUUGGCAACCAUUACAACCCGCACUCUGGACUGUUCACAGCUCCACAGCACGGUGUAUAUGUGUUUACAUGGACCCUCUACUGUGCUAGAGAUGGCUUUAUCUAUUCUCAGCUGGUAGUCAAUUCCAAUGUUGUAGGGGCGAUGUUCACAACAGCCCAGGGAGCUGGAAAUAUUCGAGCCUCAACUUGGAUUGUAGUGGUGGAAAUAAAUAAAGAUGAUGUGGUGUACAUCCGUACACUUCCAAAUGGACAGAGUCAUUCGGGGAGUCUAUACAGUUAUAUUAAUUAUAGAUCGUCUUUCAACGGUUGGAAGCUUAAUUAACGAAAUGAUAAAACAUUAUAUUGCUGAUAAUUUAGAGUCUG